UCAUUAUUUGUACGGGCUCCUCAUCCUUGCGCAUAUUUACAUAUUAAGUUGGAAGCAAAUGACACUGACGGACACCUUCAUUUUAACAAUAAAUAAAAUUAUUUAUUUUGGCGAUAUUAUUGUGAAUAAUUUGGUGAGCACUCUGGCGGUUUGCAGCACAUUUUAUUAUGCCGGACUUUAUCGUGAAGUUCCGCAAAAAUGUCUACAAAUUCUGCAAGCCCUAAAGCGUCUUCAGGGUGUGCAACGAUCCAACAAGUGGAAUUCUUUGUCGGUGCUCUACAAGGAGUUGUGCUGCUAUUGUUGCUGUAUAACACUUGUAACGGUAAUCAUCUUGGCCUUCACCUAUUUCAGCUUGACAUCGGAGUAUUAUAUUUUUCUCCUGCAGUUGGGCUCAUAUCAUUUGCCAAACAUUUUAUUAAACCUUAAAUUGGGUCAGUAUUGGUUUACAUUACGUUUUGCUUAUCACAUUUACAAGCGUUUAAAUGAGACGCUCAGAGAACGUUUGAAAUGUUUCGAUUUAAGUGGCUCUACGCCUUCCGAAAAUGAAGAACUACCGAUGUUUGUGUCGUUAAACUCUCAACCGAUAAAUGAUGGGGAGCCUGCUUCGUCGUAUACUCGUGCGUACUUAAGCACACACUCGUGCGGGCAUAGCGAUGCUGAGUUUUUGGAACACAUACGACGACUGCACACCCGAGUGGAUGCCCUUAUGGCGGAGUUGGCCGAGGUCUACGGCUCAAUUGUCUUGCUCAACUAUUUGGGCUCAAUAUUUGCUGUUGCCAUAAAUAUUUUUGAACUCUAUCAAGGCUUCUACAGGCCCGUGCUGGUUUUGAAUAUAGUCUUGUGGCAAAUACAAUAUAUGAUACGCAUACUUCCCGUGCUGAACGCAAGCAACGCAGUGGUGGAGGAGAUAUGUCGCACAACGCGUAUCCUCAAUGCGCUUUAUAUCACAACGAAAAAAAUGCAACUCGCGGUUAAUCGCUUUCUGCUACAACUUCAAGUGCGCAAGCCGGCUGAGAGCGCUGGUGGUGUGGUUAACCUCGACUUAAUGCUGAUUACAGGUUUUGUUAGCGCCAUCGGCCAAUGCGUCACGUUUCUUGUGCAAAUUGAUCUCAGCAAAGUGCAUUAUAAAUAUUGA